CAGAGGCAGUCAGACUUUUGGUGCUAAAUACACAUUAAACGCGGCAACAAAGCGGGGGGAUUACAAAUAUGAGAUCCCUACAAUUAUUGCUCUUGGGUGCCAGCUGUGCUCUCAUCGUCAGCUUCGCCUUUGCCCAUCCACCCGAAGGGGUAUGGAAAAAGAAACUCACUUGGAAAGAAGAUUGGGUACAGGUCUGGAAGACUGUGAAAAAAGAGGCCUGGGAAACCAAAUGGAAGAAGGUACAAGUCCCCAUUUGGAAGGAGGUCAAAGUUCCAGUAUGGAAGGAAGAAAAAAUUCCCGAUUGGAAAAUUGUUAAGAAACCCCACAUUGAAGAGCGAGAAGUGCCCGCCUGGAAAGAAGAGAAGGUGCCCGAAUGGAAAAAAAUUACCAAGCCCAUUUGGAAGGAAAUCCAGGUGCCAGUGUGGAAGGAAAUCCAAGUACCUGUGUGGAAGGAAAUUCAAGUUCCCGUGUGGCGUGAAAUAAAAGUGCCAGUCUGGAAAGAAAUUCAAGUACCUGUUUGGAAGGAAAUCCAAGUACCCAUUUGGAAGGAAGUCCAAGUGCCCGACUGGAAGAAGAUGUUCGUCCCAGAAUGGGUGAAAAUGGGCAUUCCCGGUGAAAAAUAUUUGGGCAAAGAUCAUGAAGGCUGGGAGUACACCAGUCAUGACUUGUGGCGCAAAAAGCUGAUCUGGAAACCAGUGUGGAAAAAGGUUUGGCGUACCGAAAAGAAGCAAGAAUGGAAAACCGAAAAGAAACAAGAAUGGAAAACCGAAAAAGUCCAAGAGUGGAAGAUCGAAAAGAAACAAGAAUGGAAAACAGAAAAGAAACAAGAAUGGAAAACUGAAAAAGUCCAAGAAUGGAAAACCGACAAGAAACUUGAAUGGAAAGUUGAAUGGAUUCAAGUUUGGAAACCAGUCAAGAAGCAAAUCUGGAUUAAAGAAAAGCGUGAAACUUGGGUAGAAGAGAAAGUACAAAUUUGGCGCACCGAAAAGAAACAGGUCUGGGCUACGGAGAAAAAACAGGCCUGGAAGGAUGAGUGGAAGUCCAUCCAAGUACCAGUGUGGAAAGAAGUAAAAGUACAGGAAUGGAAGAAGGUGUGGAAGCCAGUAUGGGAAAAAGUGUGGGAACCAGCACCUCAUGGACAUGGCUGGGAUUAAACAAGUCUCACUUUAUUCCAUAGUGUCCUCAAACAUCUACUAAACUAAGUAAAAAUACAAAUUGAAACCACACUCGAUACCAUGCACGAAAUCAAGUGCAAAUAGUUGCCACAGUACUGAA